CCGGUACCGACCAGACCGUGGAGUGAAAGGCGGCCUGAGCGGCUGCAGCUUUCCGUAGCUCCAGACAGGAGUUUAAAAUAAGAACCUCAGAGAUUCGUCUUUUGUACAGCCAACGAAACGGAAGUUGAAUGUGUAGCAUAGGAGUGCUAUCUCAAGUGAAGAUUGAGGACGUGAUAGAAGAUGAACCACUGCUAUGCUAAGAUGGCGACGUCCAGUCAAAGAGAAGGCGGAAGAGAAUCAGCGCCACCAACUCCCAUCAAAUCAUCAAUGGAGAAAAAGCCCCAAACUGCAGAUAACGACAUCCAGCAGCUGAUUGCUCGUCAAGACCGUUCCCCUCAUCCGCAGGGGUGGAGCUCCACUUUGAAACAGGAAGAUCUGCAGCCCGCCCACAUGAAAGAGGAAGAAGAGGAACUCUGGAUCUCUCAUGAGGGAGCACGUCUUCUAGGGUCGGAGGAGGCUGAUCUCACCAAGUUGCCAUUGACUGUUUUCUCUGUGAAGGCUGAAGACCAUGAAGACAAACCACCUGAGUCUUUACAUUGGUUGUGUCCAAGUGAGGAGAACAGAGGGGCGGAACUUCAAAGCAGAAGCUCACAACACAUAGAAGCUGAUGGAGACCACUGUGGAGGAUCACAAGCAGACAAGCUCUUAGCUCCGCUAUCAGAUAGUGACGACACAACAUCACACUCUCCUGAGGAUGAAGACAGGGACAACACCCAAGAACCUUUGAGCAGCGAUACAGACUGUAAAAGUGAUAUGAGGACUCACACUGACAACAAACAUUCGGAAAGCUCUCAAAAGAAUAUGGGUAAAGAAAGUUUAACUUGCUCAGUUUGUGAUAAAAGAUUUACUUUUAAGUCCUAUUUGACCCAACACAUGCGGACACACACAGGAGAAAAACCUUUUGCCUGUUAUGUUUGUGGUCAAAGAUUCACUCAAAAGUCACAUAUGUUGUCACACUUGAGAACGCACACAGGAGAAAAACCCUUUAGUUGCUCAGUUUGUGCUAAAAGUUAUUCUCAAAAAAACAGUUUUGCUAAUCACAUGCUGAAACACUCACAAAAUCCUUUCGGUUGUUGUGUUUGUGGUCAAAGGUUCCCUCUAAAGUCACAAAUGGUAUCACAUAUGAUGAAGCACACAGGAGAACACCCCUUUGGUUGCUCAGUUUGUGGUAAAAACUUUAGUUCCAAACAGUAUUUGACUUUUCACAUGAUGAAACACACAGGAGAAAUACCUUUUGGUUGUUCCGUGUGUGCUCAACAAUUCACUCAAAAGUCACGACUGGUAGCACACAUGAGAAAGCACACAGGAGAAAAACUCUUUCAAUGCUCAGUUUGUGGUCAAAACUUUCCUUACAGAUCCAGUUUGACUUACCACAUGCGGAAACACACAGGAGAAAAACCUUUUGAGUGUUCAGUUUGUGGUCAAAGUUUCCGUCUAAACGCACUACUGGUAUCACACAUGAGAAAGCACACAGGAGAAACCCCCUUUGCUUGCUCAGUUUGUGGUAAAAACUUUACAUUCAAAGCCAGUUUGGCUAAUCACAUGCAGAAACACAAAGGGGGAAAACCCUUUAGUUGCUCAGUUUGUGGUAAAAGUUUCUCUGGGAAGCAAGCAAGUAUAUACCACACCAAAGCUUGUCAAGAAGGGUUGAGGUCAGCCUCAGAUAGUCAGCCAAAACAUUAUUGGAACCAAAAAGGCUUUGAAUGGUCUUUCUGAAAAUAAAAAAGAUAACUAAUGGAAUCAGUAUCAAACAUGUGUUGUUAUCUGAUCCUAUCUGAGAUGUGAGCUGAAAUGUGGUAAUUGUGAACUGUGAUAGCAUCACUACAUGAAAGCUAAAGCACUAUAUGGACACAAUACGUGUUUCUGUUGAACAACUUAGACACACUGGUGUUUUGAAGAAAAGCCACAAGUAUUAUAAUGAUAACAAGAGAGCAACAUUGUUAAAGGCCCUGUCACACCUUGACGAUUUAGCCAGCUUACGCCAACGUAUGAAAAAUUUGGCCAAUACGCUGGCGUACGUCGAAUAAGUUAUGGGUAGGUUUUGUAUAAGUUAAGAGCACGCUGAAGCACGCCGGCAUGCGUCGUAGUACGUCCAGGUGGACCAAAAAUGUUGUGCAUGCACAAAAGUUUUCUACGUAUGUCAACGUAUGAUUCAUACGUCCCGCAUAUGCGGGCAGUAAGUUAUGCGAUCAUUGACGCCCGUUCACACACGUUAUUUGUAAGUUACGCACAAGUCGUAAUACGUCAACAUACCUUGAGACAGAACUGUGUCUUCUUGGCUCUAUUCUUGGAAAGCGUUGACUGAAAGGAGAUGGAGGCUGUUUUUUUAGAUUACAUUAUACAGUACAAUAUAGUGUGCCUUGUAUGAAGUCCUUAUGUAUACUAUACAUCCUUGACCAGUAGAGGGCACUGUGACACUGGGAAUGGAACUAACAUUUAUUAUUAUUUUUUUUGCUCUUUGUCUGAGAGAAACAAUGCACGUUUUAAUCAAGCAUUAUUGAUCACGUCAACAUAAAGUGCAUAGGAGUAUUUACAUUCAAAAAGAAUGGAGAGAUACAGCAUGUUACUGUCCAAGUUAGCGUUUGUUGGAAAAAAUAGAACCACAGUCAAACCUGUCUUAGCGGCCACCUGUAUAGAACGGCCACCAGCCUUUAGCGGCCACUGAAAAAUCCCCCGCAGAAAAUUUGCGUGUUAUAGACCCUGUGUAUAGCGGGUCUUUUUGUAUCCCUUGGUCAAUAUCUGACCGCAUAUAGCGGCCAAAAUGCCGACUCAAGCAGAAGCUUCAUGCACGAAAAGUUUCGUUUUUUUUAAAGCAAUGAAGCCGUCGUGUGUAGACUUUAAUUACUGAGUCUUAGCUCAGUCACAAUCAUUCACAAGAUCCACACAAACUGUCAGUUGUUCAACAUAAAAAAAGCCGUCUUCUUUGGAGCUUGUUGCAGACAGUGACACCGUUUAUUUCCUGGUGUGAGACAAUGUGCACUGGUCAAUACUGUAAUGCCCCUUGUUGUGGGGAAGGAGAGACUCAAGUCGGUCGCCGAUGCACUUUAAUUGCUUUAUUAACAGCGGUUUAUUAACCCAGUAAUUCUUUACAACUUUUAUCCUCAGUCCCACAGUGCCCUCUACUGGUCACCAUGUAACAGUAUAAUUAUAUGUAUCUGCAAACACAACAAGCUUCUAAUCACAGACAUGUUAAUAUGUGCGCGCACAAAUUCAAAAUGGCCACCAACCUGUCUAUAACGGCCACCUGCCGAAAGCGGCCACUUUUGCCGUUUCCCUUUAGUGGCUGCUAUAGACAGGUUUGACUGUAUUUACAAAUGAGUAUAAAAGACAGCCGUGAAAAACAUGAUCAUCCGUCAUAAUGACACCACACCCCAGCAAUGAACGAUAAUAAACGUAUUCCUUCAAGUGUUAUUGCACAGUGCAACACUUUAAUAAUACUCAAACAACUUUGGGGAAUGGAACUAACAGGAGGGGAAGAGGCGUUACAACCUGCGUCAUCUCCAUCAGAGUGACUGUCACCGCCCUGAUACUUCUUGGCAGCGGUCUUGGAAAUUUUUCGGCAUGAUGCUGAUGUUAACACUGCGAUGUCUAGUGAGGUGAGUCAUCAAGUGGCAGCCUUUUUAUAGGCUACGGCACGUCAUCGUCGGCCAAACGCUGCCGUGCGGAUUGCAUAAGUUAGACUGGUGUUGGGCAUAAGUUGUGAACGCUGGCAACACGCUGCGCAUUCGUUGGUAGAAAUUGUCUAUAAGUUAUAGAAACGUUCUAUAUAAGUUACUAAUACGUCAUGUAUACAUCCAACUCAUUAUGAAUACGCUAUGUAUACGCCCAAAAUUGAAAAAAACAUCCACAGUUCAACGUAUGCCAUCAAAAUGAUCACGUCAGGCAUGCGCUGGCUAAAUCAUCAAGGUGUGACAUCUAAGUGACACUUUAAAAAAGUAAGUUGAUAUGUACCCCAUGAACGUGAUAGCCACUUGUAACUCACCCGUGGGCAAAAAUGAACCAGCUAGCUUCCGCCAGAAAGGCAGUGAGAGCCAGGCAAAAUUUGUAAACAAAGAUGCCACAAAGUCUGAGAUUGAAAUGUGAGCGACCACACACGCUGGCAUAGAGAAGCUUUGCAAGCUGUCGUCAAUUGACGACAUUUUACAGACUAUUUUUCAUUGUCACGAUAAUAAUAAGAAAAUGAACGUCAACACGAUGCGGGUCGCAUACUUUUAUGUGGUCACACAUGUAAGUGCCAACAUGGCAGACGGGCGAUUCCGGUUUAUUAAAAUAAAGCGCAGUGAAACAUUUUUAUGAUGAAAUUAAAUUGUUUUUAAAUUAAUUGUGUUUAAUAUCUGCGUAAAGAACGAGCUAUGUAUGUGUCUAUAUACCAUAUAUAUCCAUUCAUACAAUAUAUUAUUAUUAUUAUUUUCAAGUUUUGGAAAAAAAAAAAGGUGUGGCGGCUUUUAUUAUAUCAAUUCCAUGUAGCGGAAACCCUAAUGUUAUUUAGCGAGCUGGGUGGGGCUAGGCGCACGGCGGGUACAAUGUGUUCGCUUCCUCUGAGUGGAGUAUAAAAUAAAAUGAUGCGCAGUGCGUGCACUUUGAUGGAAAAAAUCUAUGUUUGUUGAACAGAAUAAAUACAUACAGUCAAACCUGUCUUAGCGGCCACCUUUAUAGAACGGCCACCUGCCUAUAGCAGCCACUGAAAAAUCCCCCACAGCAAAUUUACAUGUUAUAGACCCUGUGUAUAGCAGUCACCUGUCCAACGCGGCCAGCGGCCACCUGUUUUGUCUCCCUUGGUCAAUACCUGACUGCAUAUACCGGCCAAAUUACCAACUCAAGUCGAAGCUUCAUGCACGAAAAAGUUUCGUUUUUCAAUCAAUGAAGCCGUCGUGUGUAGACUUUAAUUACUGAGUCCUAGCUCAGUCACAAUCAUUCACAAGAUCCACACAAACUGUCAGUUGUUCCACAUAAAAAAGCCGUCUUCUUUUGAGCUUGCUAUUUCCUGGUCAAACAUGUAACUUUAAGAGCAUUUGAACCAAAACAUUACCGCAAAUUAGGCUGGGAACAGGACGUGCUCCCAGCGACGCUACAAUAAAAAAAAAACAUACGCUAGCAUGCAUGCGGCAGCGGAGCAAAACUGAGUUCGGUUGUACUUAAUUGAAGUAUUUUAGAAUGUACUCACGUUAUUUUUCAUCAAUCCUCAUCCACAAAUCCAUCAAAGUCCUCAUCUUCUGUAUUCGACACAAAAAAAGCCGUCUUCUUUUCCAUCGCUACUAGUCUGUUAACUUGUCAGUGUUAUUCAGCUCCGAAGCAAAGAAGGAAACUUCUCCUGUUGCUUCUGCCAACUUUAUUUACUGAACGCGGCCACCAGACAGCAGCUCAGAACACACACACAUCUCUCAGCAUCGUCUCUCCUUCCUGCUUGCCCACAAGGCAAAGGUUAAACAAGCCCCACUACAUAGCUGUCCAGCCAAUGCCUGUAAGAAAUGACACCGUUUAUUUCCUGGUGUGCACUGGUCAGUACUGUAAUGCCGCUUGUUGUGGGGAAGGAGAGACUCACGUCGCCGAUGCACUUUAAUGGCUUUAUUAACAGCGGAGAACACUGCAGGACUUUACAUCCUCGCCAACAUAAACACACUUCCCAACUCUCUCCAAACUCACAGCUAGCGCUGAGCCUAGCUCUCCUGCUCGGGAUGCCCACCGUCACUUCCCGUCACUUCCUGAUGAACUAAAGCUGUAAAAAGUAAAAUAUUAAAAACAAGCGUAAGACAUUACUAGCACAGCUUUGUUCUGUGGGUCGUGGAUGUAUUCUAUCAGUUAUUAUUAAGCCUCUAGCUUCCUUUUAGUGAGUAAAAACCUUGGAUAUGAUUGCACUACAUUGUCAUGUAGACCUACAAAGUACACUUGGAAGAACAAGAGGUGAAUAAAUGUAUUGCAACUGAUGUGAAACUGAUGAGGGGUAGGAUUAAAUAAGCUUUGCUUCUUCGUACUCCUUUUUGGACAUGCAAAAUUGUGACUUGUACUAUGAGAUGUGCUACUGUUUGACUCAUGCAUGUUCAGGAUUAAAACCAUGAACCAUAAUAAUAACAAGCCUAAUAGUGCUGUACAACUUUUAUCCGCAGUCCGCAGUGCCCUUUACUGGUCAAAAUUAUUAUUAUUAUUCCCCCCCCCCUUUUUUUUUUCCUCUACUGGUCAACAUUCAAACUGGACGCCAACCUGUCUAUAGAGGCCACCUGUCUAUAGCGGCCACUUUUGCAGACUCCCUCUCGUGGCCGCUAUAGACAAGUUUGACUGUAUAUAUUAGGGAUGCUCUGAUCGAUCGGCCACCGAUCAGUAUCGGCCGAUUGCGGUAAAAAACAUGUUAUCGGCAUAUGCCAAUAAAUGCCUUUCAAAGUUGAUCACAAAAAUGAAUCGGCGUGUGGUGGCAAACUCGAAAUAUCUGCUGUGUCACGUUGUGUUGCCAACACUCGUAUUGAGCCAACAAGGGACACACUUUGUCCUGUACUGCUGCGAGAAUCAAAACUAGUCUGUAAAACCUCAAUGGCUUCAGUUUGACAGCUUGACACAGGCUACGCCAAUUGAUCCCAGCUUGUCUGAUCACUCCCUUUUACCAAACCUAAUGCUUUUCUUGCAUCUUUGUUUACACACUUUGCCGAGCUGUCACUGGCGGCAGCUAGCUUCUGGUCUUCAGACUCCAAAUGUGACUUUUUACCACAAUGACAUUUUGUUUUGAAAACAAACAAGCACUGCUCUUAGUUUGGAGCUCGUUUUUGUCCCACGGGAAAGCUACAAGUGGAUAUCACAUACGUACGUACUAACUUUUUCAAGUGUCACUGAACAAUUUUGCUCUCUUGUUGUCAUUGUACUAAUUAUGUAUUGUCCUCAAAACGCUAUUUGUGUGUGGUUGUUUGCUGAACAUAAACACAUAGUGUGUCCAUCCUUAUGAUGGUGAUACUGUCACAGUUGUCUCCUAUCUUGCCAGCUGAUUUCGAGUAGCUUAAAGGUUCAAAGAACAUUUGCUUUAACUCUUUGUGUUUUUCAUUGUAACUGCUGAAUUCAGACUUUAUGCCUUUAUGUAAUGACAAAUGAGCACAAAAUAGUAUAAAGAUGAUGGCCACACUGUUUGAAUGGAGAUCUGCUUGGUAAAUAAAGUAGUGUACAAUUUAAAUGUUCCAUCUAUCAUUUUCUAUGCCGCUUAUUUUAAUUAGAGUCGCAGGGGUAUGCUGGAGCCUACCAGCCACUUGGGGCUGUGCACAUGUAGACAAUCAUUCAUGCUCACAUUCAAACUUAUGGACAAUUUCGCCAAUUA